UUACGUUUUCAGUCUCAACCAGUUCAUCAAUAGAGAUAACGCGAUCAUCAGUUCGCAAUCAGCACUCAACCAGCUAUGAUCCCCGCGUCGAUCUUGCUCUCUCUUCUAAUCUCUGCGGUUCAACCAUCCUCCAGCGUCCCCCCACCCCAACGAUGUGGAGUCCGCCAGAUCCAGCACCAACCACUGAUCCGAAACGGACGGCCCACGGUCCCCGGUGAGUGGCCAUGGCAUGCCGGAAUCUUCCACCGGAGCGGCCGUUUCUGGAACUACGCCUGCGGAGGAACACUGAUCAGCGAUGAGUUCGUGCUGACCGCCGCCCACUGCCUGUACGACCAGGAAACGCUGGCAGAGCUGACCAAACGUCGGCUUCGCGUCCGCCUGGGGCUGCACAACCUGGACAAGUUCAAUUCCGACACGGUGCGGGAGUACGCCGUGGAGGAACUUCACUUUGGAGCGGCGUUUGAGCGGAGCUGCAUGAAGAACGACAUCGUGCUGGUGGAACUUAAGGAGCGUGUCCGCUUCACGGAGUACAUCUUUCCGGCCUGUGUUGGGGGACCGGUUCUGUCAGCGGGUGACGUCGGUGUGGCCAUCGGUUGGGGAGUUACGGAAAGUGAUGUCGUUUCACCGGUGUUGAGGAAGGCUGAACUGCCGGUUAUUGACAGCGAUGACUGUCGAGAUAGCGAUCCGGAAUUUUUUGGGGCGAUGCUUCACAAGGGAAUGUUCUGUGCUGGACAUCGGAAUGGGACCUCGGUUUGUAACGGAGACAGCGGUGGGGGAUUGUUCUUCCGGCGGGAUAAUGUUUGGUUCGUUGGGGGGUUAGUUUCAUUCUCCAAGGUUCGUUCCGAUGGGAGUAAUUUGUGCGUCGCCGAAGGAUAUGCGGGAUUCACGGACGUUGCUUGGUAUGCAAACUGGAUCCAUAACGUGACCGGAAUUACUUCAGAUACUGUAGUUAAGGAACGUCAAGUCACGCUCCCUAGCAAACCAGCAAGAAUUAGUGAGAGAAAAUGUCAAAAGUAUCAAAUGAAUCGUCAAAAUACGCACAAGUGGGCCACUACCAAACUUCGGCAAAGGGACCACCACUGUUUGGCAACAUUGGUAACCGAGAAAUACCUACUAACCACUGAUAUGUGUGUUUAUCUGGAGGACAUGGAGCAAGAUCCAGCAUCGGCGACGAUUUCCUUCACCUGGGAUCCUCUAUUCAUUGAUCGGAGCAAUUUGACCGCGUUCGACCGCAAAGGAGCCAAUUCCGUCAAAUGGAUCGACAUUUCCGGCUACAACUAUACCCACAUCCUCAAAGACCACGUCACCUGUCUGUGGACCGAUCCGGAACCAAUCACGCCGGACGUCAUCGCGGACGUUUAUUCGCCGGAUGUUGCCGAGCGGUACUGGUCUACGGGAGGCCAAAACAUUCAACUGUGGGACACCGGCGCGGGGAUCGUGGUGGUCAACGAUACGACGACCUGCGAGAGCCGGCUCAUGGGGGCGGAGCUGCGUGUCAAGCGGGUUGGCGAGGACUUUUACCGGCUGGUGGGACCCAUGAUCGCGUGUGAACCGUCGCGCUACCUGCGGCUUACGGCGUACCUGGAUCAGCUGGAAGGGAGUUUGUGGGCGGAGGAAGAUGAUGGCUAGAUGUGAGGGAAUUUUGUUACCAAAUAUGUUGUUGAUUUUUGGUCACGAAAUUACAAACCCUUUUUCAUAUUGUAGUCUUUUAUCAACGUGGUCAAGACAUCUUGUCGUGUAUCACAUUUUGAAUAUUCAGGAAAAAAAAACUUUAAUGUUUGACCUUCAAUA